AUGACGACAUCCCGCCCGACGAUUGUGGGCUCGGAGGCUGGUCCGGAGCCGCCGUAUCCGGUGCGAAUGGAGGGGCCGGUGAUCAAGGGUUUUGGCCGGGGGUCCAAAGAGCUGGGCAUUCCUACGGCAAAUAUGCCGGUAGACGACAAGGCGGCGCCGUGGAUCGCCGACUGCGAAUCGGGCGUGUACUUUGGAUGGGCCAAGCUGGGCGAAGUGCCGGCUGAAGCGACGGCAGGCGCUGUGGCUGCGGCUGCGGUUUCGUCGCCGUCGACCACGACUUCGCCUGCCGGCCUAUACCCCAUGGUCAUGUCGAUCGGCUUCAACCCGUUCUACAACAACACGAGCCGGACAGCCGAGGUGCACAUCCUGCACGACUUUGCCGGCGUCGACUUUUACGGUGCGCCGCUGCGUAUCGCCAUCCUCGGCUACAUUCGGCCGGAACGCGGCGACUACGCCUCCGUCGAGGCUCUCGUCGAGGACAUCCACUUCGACUGCGACGUCGCGCGGCGCUCGCUCGCACGACCGGCCUGGACCCCGGCCGGCAGCGACGGUGCCGGUACGCUGACUGUUCCGUGGUUGCUAACAUAG